CGCCAGGAUGAGCGCCGCCGCCAGCCCCGAGCGGGCGCCCUCGCCGCCCGCCGCCCGCUACUUCGAGCGCUUCUCGGCCGACGACCCCGAGUACCUGCGCGCCCGCAACAUGGCAGCCGACCUGCGCCAGGACUUCAACAUGAUGGAGCAGAAGAAGCGCGUCACCAUGAUCCUGCAGAGCCCGUCUUUCAGAGAGGAGCUGGAGAGCCUCAUCCAGGAGCAGAUGAAGAAAGGCAACAACUCGUCCAACAUCUGGGCCCUGCGGCAGAUCGCCGACUUCAUGGCCAGCACAUCGCCCGCCGCCUUYCCCACGUCACCCAUGGGUCCCUCCACAGUGACGCCCAUCAACGACCUGCACGGGGCYGGCGAGGCGCUGCCGCUGGCCAAGGGCGAGCGCCUCAUGCGCUGCAAGGUGGGCAGCGUCUACCGCCUGCUCGACCUCUACGGCUGGGCCCAGCUCAGCGACACCUAUGUCACGCUGCGCGUGAGCAAGGAGCAGGACCAUUUCCUCAUCAGCCCCAAGGGCCUCUCGUGCAGCGAGGUGACRGCGUCCAGCCUGGUCAAGGUGAACAUCCUGGGCGAGGUGGUGGAGCAGGGCAGCACCGGCUUCGCCGUGGACGCYGGCGCAUUCAGCCUGCAUGCCGCCGUGUACGCCGCGCGGCCGGCCACGCGCUGCGUGGUGCACCUGCACACGCCGGCCACCGCCGCGGUGUCAGCCAUGCGCUGCGGGGUGCUGCCCGUGUCGCACGAGGCGCUGCUGGCCGGCGAYGCCGCCUACUUCGACUUCGGCGGCGCGCUGCAGGACGAGGCCGACCGCGUGCAGCUGCAGAAGUGCCUGGGACCCACCUGCAAGAUCCUGGUGCUGCGCAACCACGGCGUGCUGGCGCUGGGCGACACGGUGGAGGAGGCGUUUUACAAGAUCUUCCACCUGCAGGCGGCCUGCGAGAUACAGGUGUCGGCGCUGUCGAGCGCGGGUGGUGCCGAGAACCUCAUCGUGCUGCAGCGCGACAAGCACCGGCCGCACGAGGCCGGCUCCGUGCGCUGGGCCGGCAGCACCUUCGGGCCCAUGCAGAAGAGCCGCCUGGGCGAGCACGAGUUCGAGGCCCUCAUGCGCAUGCUCGACAACCUGGGCUACCGGACGGGCUACACGUACCGCUACCCCUUCGUGCAGGAGAAGAGCAAGCCCAAGAGCGACGUGCUCAUCCCCGCCACGGUGACGGCCUUCGUGCUGGCUGAGGAGGCGGCGGUGGCGGCKGCGCCGCGGCCGCAUGCGCAGCGGCAGCAGCAGGAGAAGACGCGCUGGCUCAACACCCCCAACACCUACCUGCGUGUGGACGUGGCCGGCGAGCAGCCCGGCGGGCCCCGCACCAGGACCACGUGGCUGAAGGCGGAUGAGGCGGAGAAGGGCGGUGGCGGCGGCACGGCCAUCCGCAUUGAGAACCCCAACCAGUUCGUGCCGCUCUACACGGACCCGCAGGAGGUGCUGGAGAUGCGCAACAAGAUCCGCGAGCAGAACCGGCAGGACGUCAAGUCGGCCGGGCCGCAGUCGCAGCUCCUGGCUGGCGUCAUUGGGGACAGCAGUCGCAGCCCCUCCACAGAGAGCCAGCUGGCAGCAGCGGGCGACGAGCCCCCGGAGGCGGCGCCAGAGCCGGAGCCCCCCAACCCCUUCCGGCAGCUCACGGACCAGGAGCUGGAGGAAUACCGGCGCGAGGUGGAGCGCAAGGAGCGGCCGCCCCACGGACAGCGGGAUGGCACCGACGGGGAGCCCCCGGCAGCGCCCACUGCCGAGAAUCCCGACAGCUCCGGCACCAACGGGACCCCCGCGCCCGACACGGAGCCCCAGGGUGAGGGGCCACGGGAGGAGGAGGGUGGUCGUGGUGAUGAGGGUGAUGGGAAAGCUGAUGGUGAGGAUGAGGGUGCUGCUGCUGGUGAUGCUGGUGGGAAUGAUGAUGAGGACAAUGAUGGUGGUGAUGAGGGCGACGGUGAUUGUGAGAAUGACAUGGUGGUGAUGAUGAGGACAACGGUGGUGCGGGAGCGCGCGGCCGGCAGCCCCGCCUCGCCCGAGGGCUCCCCCAGCAAGUCGCCCUCCAAGAAGAAGAAGAAGUUCCGCACGCCCUCCUUCCUCAAGAAGGGCAGGAAGAAGGAGAAGGCCGAGGCGUGA